AUUUGUUAUAGAAGUCAUCAAAAAUUAUUCAUUUCUCAUUGCUGACUAGAGUCAAGCAUAUAAGGUUUUUACAUAAUAUUUGGAGAUAUGCUAGCUGUUAAAACAAGUCAAUAAUAGACAAGGAGGAGUUAGGAGUCCAGAAUGUGUGACUAAAACAUACAAACACCUUGUUUAUUUUAAGCAAAGACAUGUGCAGACCUCAAAAGUCAAACUAGUGGAUAUAAACUGUACAUAAAACCAUUUCUUUCCUGGUUAAUGUGUGCCGGAUAUCAUCGAAGCGCAUAAUCUGUUUGUGUUAAUAUUCGACCACAGCCUCAGAAUAUUAGGCGCAACAGAAACAAUGACCUCCAUGUGACUCUUGGAUUCUAUGUGUGCCUGUUGUUUAGGAUCAGUAGUGGUUUUGGUGAGUUGCUUCCUGCUCCUCCUUCUCCGCAGGUGCAAAUGAGCUUAGCACAGAGGGAUACAAUUUCACAGCAACCACUUGGAGAUCCCGCCCCAUGCCUCACUUCGAUACGGAGGCGGCAUAGGGGGGCAGGGAGCAAGUGCACAUGACUGAUUCACUGGGACUGCUUCUUCGCCUGAAUACAGUUCUCCACUAGACGACAGGAGACAAGAAGAAGAAACUGGUGUUUUGUUCCGGGAAGGAGUACUAUUUUUAUUUUCCAGUUCCAAAAAUGAUCUAUGGUCAUCCCUAUUGAGACCAAAAGUCUUGCCAAGCAUCUAUCCAAAAGGAGAACAAGCUGAGAUGGCAGGCCAACCGAUAGAGCUGGCAGCACUAGUCCUGUCUCUAUUGGGCUUAAUAGGCGUCGCGGCAAGCACGGGGAUGCCCAUGUGGCGCGUGACUGCGUUCAUUGGUGAGAACAUUAUUGUGAUGGAGACGCGCUACGAGGGCCUGUGGAUGAACUGUUUUCGACAAGCCAACAUUCGCAUGCAGUGCAAGGUUUAUGAUUCACUCCUGGCCCUUACGCCAGACCUCCAGGCUGCCCGAGGCCUCAUGUGCUGCUCGGUGGCACUGGCUGCCAUUGGCCUGUUCGUGGCCAUCACAGGAAUGAAAUGUACUGCGUGCAUACAAGACAACGACCGAGCCAAGCGUAUGGUCCUCAUCGUGGCUGGCUCUCUCAUUAUCCUUGCCUGCAUCUGCUCCAUUAUUCCUGUUUCCUGGACUGGCAACGUAAUUAUCCGUGAUUUCUACAACCCCCUCCUGAUUGACGCCCAGCGACGGGAGCUUGGCGAGGCGCUCUACAUCGGCUGGGUUUCCUCUGUGCUGCUUUUUGCCGGAGGAUGUAUUUUCGCGUGUUGCGGCGGCUCCCAGGAGAAACGUGCCGACCAGCCUCGCUACGCUUACAACAGGGAUGUGCCGUAUAUGGCGUACCAACCGCAACCAGUGGCAUACCAGCCCAGACCUGCAGCCGCCUACAGUUUAGCGUCCAGAGAGCCAUCUUUUAUCCAGACAUCCACACAACCAUCCAUCGCUCAGUCAUAUAGACAGCAGAGCUUCAUCCAUCCGUCUAGGCAGCAGAGCUUCAUCCAGCCAUCUAGGCAGCAGAGCUUUAUCCAGCCGUCUAGACAGCCAUCAGGUCGGAGUGCUGUUGCCUAUCUAUGAAAAAACGGCAGGAUGAGCCCAAACUAACGACUGAAUAAGGACAGAACAGAGGAUAUGGUAACUAAUAUGUGUAUAUACGUGAAUAUAUCCUUGUUUACUUGGAACUAACCUCACUUGACAAAUAUUUUUUUGAUCUUUAACCCUUUCUGUCAGUGUAAGUCUUAUGUAAGUAGACGAAAUCUGCUAGAUGACUAGAUAUUCUCCUAUUUGAGUUAUAGAGUGUAUGCAUUUGUAUUAUUGGGGGUUUUUUUGUAUGUUUUUUAUCAUUAGCAUUGUGCUAGCACUUGUAUUGUCUUAUUAAAGAAUAACUUUUUUUUUAUUAAUAAGGGAUGUGUAUAGAAGGCGAGACAAGUUGCUUGCAUUCAAUUUUGUUUUUAUGAAACUCUAUGUGGCUUUGUGUGCACCAGGGUCUUGGUGAUCUGUGAGCCCUGAGGUGAAAUGUAAGCCUAUUAGCAUACGUUGUCUCAAAUUCUUAAAACAGACACUCCCUUUACAUCCACAGAAACCUAACAAGUGAAACGGAUCCAGAAGAACAAACAACCAAUAAACCUUUUGGACAAAGACA